UCCAAAUAUUGCUCUAUUUAAAGCAUCCCGGCGCUCACGGGAAUAACUGCAGAGGCAAACCUUAAACCUUGUCAAUAAAGCCGGCAGAGGGAGGAAUGGCAGAGCCAGGAAACAAGCAAGGACUCCCCUAUGGCAAAAGGACACUCUAUUGCAUAGCAACCCCGCUCCCCCUUUCACGCCUUGUGGUACCCAUCCUGCUCGCAGUUGGCUGGAUAGUGGGCUGUGCACUGAUGGUUUAUAUCGUCUUCUCCUGACAGAAGACAGAAGAAUUUACAGUGAUGCUGAUUGGAACAACCUGAAAGUUAAAUUGGAAUGUCUAACAACUAAAAUAUGUUUAAUUAUUUUUAAUACCAACACUGUAGAUAUCAUAUACACUCUUUUUAUCUACAA